AUGUACUGAAUUUGACUGGUCUGUUGCAUUUAGCAAAGAAAGCAAACACACACGAGAAUAAUAAAGGCGCCUUACCUAAAAACUAAUUAAAUAACACAAAAAGUUAUAUAAGUAACCAUUUCCAAAGAAAUUCGAAUUCUUUGCUAUACGAAGCACGCAAAAGUUCUCACUGUUUCAGCUCAUAUUAUUUGUAGGAAGGGAGUUUGAAAGAAGAAAUAGCUUAAGUAUGCAGACUUCCACACGGAUUUAAAUUUGUGACAAAAGGGUUUUUGAAGCCCCUCAUCAACAGGCUCUGCUCUCAAACCCAGCAAUGAAUUUCUACUAAUCCUCCGGAAGCUCGGAACAUAUGGCUUCAUUCUCCACCUCCGUUUUGCAUACUGUGUGAGGUAAUGUGAGCCUCAUCUGUCCCCCCUAAAUCUCCCUGCACCGCUCGUUCAGACUUUCCCUUCCCCCUCCAGCCUCUCUGCGCGCUGGGAGAGACGGUGAUGAAGAGGUUUUGGAAUGUGCGCGUCACCGCGCCACCAGGCUGCUUUCGAGUUCCAAGAAACUUCCCCGCUGAAGAGUUUUCAUUUGGGACGGAGAAACAAAAAAUAAACUGAUCUCCGAGGUGGGGCUUGUUGUCUGCCUGCCUGUUGCAGCAUCCCGGAGCUCUUGAGCGGUGUGGUGCCAGGCACACAGUGAUGCUAAUUCUGGUUACCUAGGAGACUGCAAAGACGCCCUGAUCCCUGUCACUGCACAAAGACGAAGGGGGAGGCACCAUACCGCUGAAUCGUUCUCUUCUCAAGCAAAGAGCCGCAAGUCAGGGAUGCCAUUUUACAACAAUAUAUACUAUCCUUAUCCGUCUGAAACCCCAGGGACCUGUUCAUCUGCCGGAAUCCCAUCCAUUUUGAACUCUCCUCAAAGCCAGCGCUCUUCCAGCAUCCCCCAGCAGUCCUCUGUGAUCUCUGGACCAUCAAUGACAGGGGCUCACAUCCCAUCUUUCAAGUUCCGAGCUCGCCGAGAGAGCGUGGACUGGCGCAGGAUAAGUGCCAUCGAUGUUGACCGCGUGGCCAGCGACCUGGACUUCAAUACCCUGCAGGAGAAUAUCAUGGGCAUCACAUUCUGUACCGUGGAGAACGAGCGCUGCCCUUACUGCCAGAACCCAGUGGACCCGGUUCUGUUGAAGGUCUUCAGGUUAGCCCAGCUCACGGUCGAAUACCUGCUACACUCUCAGGAAUACCUCACCAGCAGCCUGCAGUCCGUGGAGGAGAAGCUGCAGGCCUCCAUUCUGGAGAAAGAACAGAUCAAAAGGGAAACAAUGAAGCAAAAUGAGGAGAUCAAAUUACUUAAGGAGGAGCUAAAGAGGAGGAAGAAGAUCAUUACUACCCAGCAAUCAAUGAUCAGUGCUGGUGUGGGUAAUUAUCAUAAGUGUCAGCAUUGUGAGAAAGCAUUUAUGAAUUAUUCCUUUCUACAAAGUCAUGUACAACGUCGUCAUCCAGAAGAGUAUGAUAUUGGUGUGUUAUCAGAGAAACAGAAAAAGGUACAGGCUGGUAAGUUUCAGGAUGAGAUCAACAAACUCAAGGAGCAGUUAAAUCUUACCAGAUCCCAGCUGGAAACUGAGCAACAAGCCUAUAUGGUCAGACUUUCCCAGGAACAAGAAAAUCAGCGAACUAAGGAAGACGAAACAAUAAAGCGAUUUGAGAAGUGGAAAGAGGAGGAGCAGCAAAAAUUGGAUGGAGAGAUUGAAAAGAUGAGAGAGAUGUUCAUGAGGGAAUUCAAGGAACUAUCUGUUAAAAAUGCUGUUCUGGAAAAUCAAGUUUUGGAGAUGAAGGCCUCCAGCCUACAAUUCAAGUCAAACACUGGUACAGUGCAAGAAGACAAAGCCCCCAAAAAUGAAGAGGAGAAACAGAGGUACCAUCAGGAACUACUGAGUCUCAAAGAGCUGCUUAACAAACAGGAAGAAAAGUGGACUGCAAUGAUCCAGAAACUUCAAAAGGAACAUGAAAAGGAAAAGAGCCAGCUGCAGAGUGAUCUUAAGAGGCUGCAGUCUUCAGUGGUAGAGGAGCAGGAGGUCAGCAGCAGCUUGUACAGGAAAAGGAUAGAAGAAUUGGGACGGAAACUCCGGGAACAGAAUGAGCUGAUUAUCACCCAGAAGGAGCAGAUGAAGCAACUUGGUUCAAAACUCCCAGAAAGAACCACAGGAACUUCAGUGGCUAUUUCAGUGGCAGAGCCUGUGAAAGCCAAAUCGCUGACAUAUGAGCAGACACCUACUGUUCAUAUUCUGGAUCCUAUAGAGGAGCUUUCAGAGGAGGAUAAAGACUCUGCAAGCAUUUCUGAAAAGAAGAAAGAUGAUAAUCAGCGUCUAAUAAGUAGCUUAAAGAAAAAUGCCUCAUUAACUAAAGAAUUACGCCCAAUCUUGGAGCAGACUCUUGUAGAGAAGCUGGAAUCUCUUGGUGUGAAACCGGAAAACCGUGGUAUUCCCACUGGCCAGUACAAUACAAUUAUGACCAAAGUGUACUCGCAAAGAGAAAGGAUAGCCAAGACGUUUCCAGAUUUUCACAGUGUCCGAGAAACACUUACCCAUAAUUUGGGUUUAACAAUAAAGGAAAAAAGAGCCUCAUCAAGUUCACCUGUAGAAAAAAAGAGACCAGAUAAUCCACCUGAAGAGAAUCAGAAACGGGCCAGAUCGUCUAGUUUGCCGUCUACCCGAGUGACUCAGGUUGUGUCAAAAUCACCAGGUGUGACAGAGCAGCCCCCCCAGCCGGCCCCCCGCUCUAGGGCCAGCACAGCUCCAAAGACCUCCACUCCAAGAACCCCUCCGUUUAGUUCAGAAGACGACUCUGAGGAAGAAAGUGAUGCAAAACCACAUCAGCGGCUAAAAGCUGUGCAACCAAAAGCUCCCGCCGUCGAUGUCAGUAAAACUGUGGUCAUGUCUCUGGAGAGUGAAACAGACUGGACGGACGGCAGUGAAAUGGAAGAGAUUGAUCCACAGCUGUUGCAGCAUGAUAAAAGUCUGAAAGUAGAUGCUGGAAAGCCUGUUCAAAGUUCUAUUCUGAAAGAAAUUUCCGAAAACCUUGAAAACCAGCCUGUCAUUGGAAGGAUUCAGAAGAAACCAGCUGGGGGAGUUAAGGUUUUGCCAAGUUUUGAGGACAAAAAUGUGAGACAAGAAUUAAAGUUUUCGGAAGUAGAUGACGAUGACUGGGAUGUGUCUUCUAUGGAAGAUGACAAACCAUCGACAUCAAAACCUGACAAGGACGAGGCUGUUUUCACUGUCAGAAAGAGCUUUGAGUCCAAUUCUUCCAAUACUAGUGUCUGGGGCACUUCGACAGGGAAAGGCCAGAAAGGAGGUCUUCAUGAAGGGGACCCUGGAAGUACUCUUAAAAGCAGUCUUGUGACUGUUAGUGACUGGAGUGACUCUUCAGACAUUUAAAUUGGUUAUUCUAACUGGACAAAGCUGCUUGUAGUUGAAUUUGCAGCAUCUGGAUUUUGAAUAAACUAUUUAGCAAAACAAAGUAAUAAAAUGAGGGUGCCUUUACAGUAAAAGGGAUACAUAAAUAUAAAACUGCUAGCUACA